CAGGCUCGGCGGCUGCCCGCUGCGGUGGUGGACGCUGGGCACGGCGGCACCCAGCUCUCAGUGUCGCUCAAAUCGCGGCGCGCGGUGGUCGUGCGUCGAGCGCGCGUGAAGUGAUGUCUGAGAGAUGAGGCUGCCGCUGGUGCUACUGUGGCUGGGAGCGGCGACGGCCUGUGGCCCGGGCCGCGGCUUCACCCGCCGCCACGGACCGCGCCGCAUCACCCCUCUCGUCUUCAACCAGCACGACCCCAACAUCAGUGAGAACUCCAAGUCUGCCAGUGGCCCUCCGGAGGGCCGCAUCACGAGGGAGGACGAAAAGUUCAGAGACUUAGUGCCCAAUUAUAAUCCGGAUAUAGAUUUUAAGGAUGAUGAGGGAACAGGUGCUGAUCGUCUCAUGACACAGCGGUGCAAAGAGAAGCUCAACACACUCGCUAUCAGUGUGAUGAACCAAUGGCCCGGCGUGCGGCUGCGCGUGAUCGAGGGCUGGGACGAGGAGAACUCGCACCAGGACAACUCGCUGCACUACGAGGGCCGCGCCGUGGACCUCACCACCAGCGACCGCGACCGCAGCAAGUACGGGAUGCUCGCCCGCCUCGCCGUGGAAGCCGGCUUCGACUGGGUUUUCUACGAGAGCCGCUCCUAUAUACAUUGUUCCGUCAAGACAGAAUCUUCUGUGGGAACUGGAGCGGGUUGCUUUCCUUCUGGGUCUAUUGUGCACACGGAGGAAGGUCCUCGAGAUAUUGCUGUUCUCAAGAAAGGGGACCGAAUAUUGGCUGCAGCUGACGAUGGCAAAAUGGUUUAUUCAGAGGUGUUAACGUUUAUCGAUCGAGAUCCCAAUGUAACACGACAGUACAUUGAAGUAACAGCCGAGAACGGUGUGACGAUAACGACCACACCAUCUCAUCUCCUGCUUUUAGCCGCUGCAGAUAGUUGGCGGGAAUCUUUCGCCAUGAAUAUCGAAGUAGGAGACGUCCUCCUCACGAGGGGGCAUGGUAGCGUGAUGCGACCAUCGAGAGUAGUCAAGACUCGAAUGGUAUCAAGGAAGGGAGUGUAUGCGCCGCUCACGAAGACGGGGACGAUCAUCGUGGACGACGCACUAGCGUCUUGUUACGCUCUCGUGCGAAGCCAUGCCUUGGCCCACGCUGCCAUGGCUCCCUUGCGGUGGAUGGCGGACUGGACUAGUUCCAACGAAGUUUCCCGCGGAGUCCACUGGUACGCUAAAGCACUCUACAAUGUCGGCGACUACGUCCUACCCUCAUCGUACAAAUAUCACUGAAGUUGUAGUGUUCUUGUGUGACUAUUUUUGUAGAAGUGAUCAAACACAAAUAUUGCGCGCAGGUCGUGCCAAUCUUGGACACUUGUAAAUAAGGUACCUAUGUAAAUAAAAAUAGUGAGCAUGGUGGUUUGAAAAAAAAAAUGUAAAUAUAUUCUUGUGUAUCAAAUAGUUUUCCAUAUACCUAGGUAGAACAAAUUAUUUAGUCUAUGUUGUCGUCUAACGGCCGAAUUUAAUAAUCAGUGUCACCUGUAACAUAAGGACUUAGCAACAUAUUUUAUCAUCAAGACGACCCGUACAGUUUUGACAAAUAACAACGUUACUAGUAACUUAUCGACAGAUUACAGAUAUGACUGAUAUUAAUUUCGGCCGUUAGGUAAAGAUCGUGUUUAUUUAUUAAGUAGUUAUAGAUAUGACUUUGCAAAAUUUGCAUAUUAUUAGUUGACUAUUAUAAGUUUAAAUAUUUGUAAAUUGUGUCGGUAUUGUUAUUCUGCACAAUGCAGAAAUACUUAUCUGUAUGCGCUUAUGUUCUUUAAGUAGUUGUGUAGAUAUUGUAAGCACUUUAUUAGCUAAUCUAAAUUAUCUUUCUGCCUAUCAAGAUAAGUAUUAUUAGGUCUAGUACGACACAAAACAGUAUUUGGUAUAUUCUCCAUGUUUGUAACUUGACAUUCCAUGGCUCUAAUCUUUUACGUACUUAACAUAAUAUUACAAAUGUUUUGAUGUACUUAAUAAAUUUGUGAUCUUUGGUACUUACCUUAAAAUGUGCCUUAAGAUUUUAUUUAUUGUUAACUAGGAUAGUUUUCUAUUUAAAAAUUGACUAAUGCAAUCAAAUAAAUCUUAAAUAUUCUUGUAACUUA